AUGGCAGCCGCAACAGAUGGCUCUGCCAAGACAGCAGCUGCGGCUGCGGCGUCUGCGUCGCUGCCAUUAACUGCAAAUGGCAACGGUAAAUCGCCAAAGCUUAAAAUCAAUUCACCACCAACGUCAAACGCAGCCACCUCAACAACGGCGUCUAGUUCAUCCGGUCUGCCGGCUUCGGUGUCGCAUUUCUACUAUAAGCACGGCUUAUUUUUAUCCAGCUAUCCGACAUGCGCUUCCAGCAUUGCCCUAAUGGCGAUAUUGCUUUCGUGCUAUCCGCUGAUGAAUAUACCUUUGCCUGGCACAAUACCCACCAAGAUCGUUUUGCCUUAUGAGGGACGCUAUACGCCGCUCUUUGGCGAAGAGGAUGCAGCCGCCCAUAAUCAAAGUGGAGCCAGUGCAUCAUUCAAUGCGAGCAGCGGUGGUGGCAACAGUGGAGGGGGCGGCGGGGGCGGCCUACCCUGGGCGCAGAGCAGUCCGGCCUUCUACGUGCAACAGAUAACGCUGCGAGCGAGCGUGUUGCCUUGGGCAGAUGAAAUGCAGCUAAUGGAUGCGUUCCGAGCGCCGCUUUAUGAAGUUUUUAAAUUGCUCGAAAUUGUGCGCAAUCAUCAGAGCAGCGAGAAUCAACGCACAUUGGAGCAAAACUGUUUGCAUGUGGACAAUGUGAAGCGCGGUGCCCAGAGUCAAUUGGAACAGAUCUUCCCCGAAUAUGGCUGUCUAUUGUUAUCCCCGGCGAAUCUGUGGACACAGAAUGCACAGAAUUUUACCAGAGAUACCAAUAUACUAAAUACCAUCUUUCAGUAUCAUAACUUACAAAAAUCGAAAGUGUCUGCGGCUGAAAUGCUAUUCGGAUUGCCCAUGCAGGAUACGGGCUUCAAGCGUUAUCCUUUGCGUGCCCGCUCGCGCAUAAUACAAUACGCCCUGACGCUGAUUCUGAAUAAGAAUGAUCCGGAAUACUUGGAGACACUGAAGGAGAAACUAUUGCGCUACUAUCCACCAUUGAGCGUGUCACCAGCGCCAUCUGCGGCUGAAGAUGAGGAGGAACCGACCAUCACGUACAUCUUUUAUCCAGGCGAAUUUAAAAUCUGGGAAUUUCUGCCGUUAUCCGUGGCGUUUGUACUGGUAUUUGUCUAUGUCUACUUCUCGGUGCGCAAGAUGGACGUGUUUAGAUCGCGCGUGUUGCUGGCUCUGUGCAGUGUGUUGACCACAUCUGGCAGCCUGGCCAUGUCGCUGGGCUUGUGCUUCUUCUUUGGACUGACCAUAUCGUUGCAAUCCAAGGAUAUAUUUCCAUAUUUGGUUAUAUUAGUCGGUCUGGAGAAUAGCCUGGUUAUAACGAAGAGCGUCGUGUCCAUGGAUGGCACGUUCGAUGUGAAAAUUCGCGUCGCUCAAGCCUUGAGCAAGGAGGGCUGGCAUAUAUCGAAGACGCUGCUCACAGAGAUCACCAUCCUGACCAUUGGACUGGCCACCUUUGUGCCGGUCAUACAAGAGUUUUGCGUAUUUGCGAUUGUUGGAUUACUCUCGGAUUUCAUGCUGCAAAUGCUGCUCUUUUCUACCAUACUGGCGAUGAAUAUUAAGCGGGCGGAAUACACCACAGAGGCCAAACACUUGCCCAAGAUGAUGCUCAGCUGUACGCUCGGCAAUGGACAGGCUAGCGGUGGUUCGAUGGCUCGUCAGGAGUUUCGUUUCUUUGGCGCUGCACCACCGCCGCCGUCGCCCUUGCUGCCCUUCGUUCCGGGCACCUUCCAACGCUCCCAGUCGCAUCCGAAGUUAUGCUUCGCGGAUGCUGGAGAUCGUGGUCAGCUGGUGAAUGGACAUGCCGGUCAUACUGCACAGGAAGCUCGCAUACCCAAGCGCAUUAAGAUUGUUAAUUUCUGGGCACGCACGCGUUUUUUUCAGCGCGCCUUUAUGAUCUGGAUGAUUGUGUGGAUAUGCUCGAUUGUCUACAAUUCGGGAUGUCUGGAGCAGCUGUUCAGCAUGCAGAAUAAUGGCUCGAUGAGCACCGCCUACGAGCUGCAACGUCAUUUGCAAGCGACACGCGGCGCUGUCAGCAGUUUCCUCAAAGGAUUUAAACCAGCCGGCGAACGGUUGGGCAGCACGCCCAGCUACUUGAUCCCAACGACGGAACAGCCACUGCAUGAUAUCAAUGAGACGGCAGCGGAGAUGCUGCGCCUGCGUUAUCCCAACUUUGAGCUAAACUAUUUUCUAUCCAAUUUUCAUUGGUCUACCAUAAUGAAACAGUACAAUGUCUCCCUGAGUGGACAAUAUGUUACCCUGCUGCCGACCAUACGGCUGACGCAUGCCAUAUCCCCGGAGCUGGCAACAUUAAUGCGCAAUCCACAGGAGCAACUGCAGCAGAACUUUCAAUGGAAGGCAUUGGCCGCUGCUCUGGAUCCACUGGACUUCAAUGACGAUGAUGCAAGGCGGGAAUCACCUACGGUCAUGGCUGGAGGCACACCACUUGUGCCGAAGAGCCCCAUGGAGAUAUUCUUUGCCGUGCUGCUUUGCUGCAUUAGCAUUUUCGUGCUGUGCUACACGAUGGUCGUGUUUUAUCGCUGCAUCUGCACGCGCAACUAUGCUGAAUGGCGUUCCAGCUGGCAUGAAUCGGAGGUGCCCUACAAGGAGACCGAACACAUUCUGGAGGGUGUGCCCACGCAAAUAGCGGGGCACAAGCACCGCAUCGAGUGUUUGGCCUGUGAUGGCAACUACAUCAUCAGCUGCUGCUUGAAGGGUCAAAUUCGAGUCUGGGAUGGACGAACCGGUCAGCAGCUAGCCAGCAUUGGACGUGGUGAUAUGCAGAUAGCGCAUCCGAGACAGGACGGGCAGACCCUGCUGCGCAAGCUGCCCACAUCGCCAGUCUGGUGUUUGGACUAUUUUGAUAAUCUCAUUGCCGUUGGCUGUGCAAAUGGCCGUGUCGAGCUGUGGGAGGUACCAGCCGGUGUGCUCAAGUGUGCCUAUCAGGAGGAUGCGAAACGAAAUCAGGGCAUUACUCACAUCCAUUUGAAUGGGGAUCGUGUGAUUGUGGCGCGCCUCAACGGACGUCUCGAUUUCUAUCGGCUGGAAACAUACUACAAAGGCAAACAGAUUGAUUGGGGCUUUACGUCCGCCUACAGACGUACACAUGUGCGCACUGGCUCUACGGGUAGCAUCGGGCUGAUGAUGCAGCAACAGCAGCGUCAGCAGGAUGCUGCGCAGAAGACCACGAAGGAGGAAAUGAAAAUUACCCUGGAGGGCGUGCGAUUGGCACAUCAGCAACCAAUUACUUGCAUGCAGGUGGUCAAUGACAUGGUCUUCACGGGCAGUCAGGAUCAUACACUAAAGGUGUAUUGUCUGAAUAAAUCUGAUAUGGAGUAUACACUGCAUGGACAUUGUGGUCCUGUGACUUGCCUCUUUGUUGAUCGCUGGCAGCCUGGCACGGGGGGCUCUGGCUCACAGGAUGGCCUGCUCUGUGUGUGGGAUCUAUUUACUGGCGCCUGCAUGUACAAUAUACAAGCUCAUGAUGGAGCGGUUAGUUGCCUGGCCUGUGCGCCCAGCUAUGUGAUUUCGCUGGGCACCGAUGAGCGGAUUUGUGUGUGGGAACGCUUUCAGGGGAAUCUGCUGACGACCAUUAAAAUCUCGAAUGCUUAUUCGAGUCUGUUAAUGUUGACGCCCUCGCUGCUGGUCACCAGCAAGAUGGGCUCUCUUAUUGUGUGGGAUGUGCGCACUGGUCAGCCGGCGCGGGAGGUAAAGCUAGACUUUGCCAAUUUACAGAUGUGUCCCAAGUUUAUGAUGCUCGCCUGUGACUCCGUGGUCUGUGACUAUGGCAACGAGAUACGCGUCGUACGCUUUCCCAUUGUGGCGGACAAGUGUCACUAAUAAAACUAGAAAAUAAAUUCGAGAAUUUAAAUUUUUAGCUCUUAACACGUUUAGGUUACCAUUUGCUCUCUGUUUGAUUUAAUCUUAAAACAAAAUGUAAUCUAAUUGACGCAUUCAUUAAUUUAAUUUAUAUUCUUAAGGGUUAUCUUUAUCUCUAUUUGACGUGGCGUUGUGUUUAUUCCUUUAUAUCUAGCUACAUAACUCUAGCAUAGCUCUAUUUUGUUAAGUAUGUAAUGUAUAACAACUA